AUGGAGGCGACACUCGGGGACAGGAGGGGACACACAGGCGACACUCGGGGACCCGGUGUCCCCUCGCUGCGUGGGGACAAUUCCGCGUCACCGACAGCACCGGGGGACACCGGCUCAGCAGUGUCCCCAGCCGUGUCCCCAGCCGUGUCCCUGCCGAGCCCCCGGGACAGCCUUGGGGACACCGAGCCCGACGGGGACAAAGUGUGCGCGGUGUGCGGGGACAGGGCCAGCGGGUACCACUUCCACGUGAUGAGCUGCGAGGGCUGCAAGGGCUUCUUCAGGCGCUCUGUCAUCAAAGGUGUCCGCUUCACGUGUCCCCUGGCGCGGCGCUGCCCUGUCACCAAGGCCAAGCGGCGACAGUGCCAGGCCUGUCGCCUCCAGAAGUGCCUGGACGUGGGCAUGAGGAGGGACAUGAUCAUGUCGGAGGAGGCGCUGCGGCGGCGACGGGAGCUGCGGGGACAGCGGGGCCACCAAGGCCACCAAGGCCACCAAGGCCACCAGGGACUGACGGGACAGCAGCAGGAACUGAUCGAGCUCCUGAUCGGGGCCCACCAGAGAACCUUCGACUCCAGCUUCUCGCAGUUCAUGCACUGCUGGCCACCCUGCCCUGUCCCCGCGUGUCCCCAGCCCGCCGUGCGCCUGCUGGUGCCCGGCUCUCCGGGCUCGGCUGUCCCCUCGGGGCUGUCGCUGUCGCUGUCGCUGUCGCCGCGCGAGGCCGCCCCUCCGGACGUGCUGUCGCUGCUGCCGCAGUUCGCGGACCUGAGCACGUUCAUGAUCCAGCAGGUGAUCAAAUUCGCCAAGGAGAUCCCGGUGUUCAGGAGUUUGUCCCUGGACACGCAAAUCUCGCUGCUGAAAGGGGCCACGCUGGGGAUCUGCCAGAUCCGGUUCAACACCGUGUUCAACCCGCGCACCAAGGCCUGGGAGUGCGGGCAGCGCUGCUACACCAUCCGCGACGGGGCCCUGGCCGGUUUCCAGCAGGUUUACCUCGAGCCUCUGCUCAAAUUCCACGAGAGCCUGCGGCGCCUGCGGCUGCACGAGGCCGAGUACGCGCUGCUCCAAGCCAUGCUGCUCUUCUCCCCAGACCACGCUGGCAUCGCCCAGCGCGACAUCAUCGAUGGGUUCCAGGAGGAGGUGGCGGUGACGCUCAAGAGUUACAUCGACCACCAGCACCCCCCCGGGGAGGGCAGGUUGCUGUACGCCAAGCUGCUGCUGCUGCUGACGGAGCUGCAGACGCUCAAGGUGGAGAACACGCGGCAGAUCCUGCACAUCCAGGACCUGUCGGCGAUGACGCCGCUGCUCUCCGAGAUCAUCAGCUGAGGGUGGCUGCUGGUGGCAC